UCGAUGUAGUAGUACGACUCAACAACGGCUCAGGCACGAUUUCAUUUUAUCAUAAUAUGUACAAUCUGAUAACUGGAAGAUAAUCGAACAUUUAACGGCAAAAAUAAACAUAAGUGCUCGAUUGAUCGACUAUCUCUAAACAUGAUGAUAUAUAAAUACGAGUAACGCAAUAUUAAGCAAGGUAAUGUAACAUCUAACUAAGCAAUACAUCGUGGAUCUCGGGAAAUCUUCUUUCAGAGGGAAAAAACAAUUUUUUCGAAGAUGAAGACACGAUUUAAUACUUACGAUCUUGUAUGUUCUGUAACUGAAUUACAAAGGCUUAUUGGCAUGCGUGUCAAUCAGAUAUAUGAUAUAGAUCAUCGUACAUAUCUAAUACGCUUUCAACGUAGUGAGGAAAAAUGUGUUUUGUUACUUGAGUCUGGUAACAGAAUCCAUACAACAGGUUUUGAAUGGCCAAAAAAUAUAGCUCCUUCAGGUUUCUCUAUGAAAAUGCGCAAGCAUCUUAAGAAUAAGAGAUUAGAAAGUCUCACUCAAGUUGGUAUGGAUCGAAUAAUAAAUAUGCAAUUUGGAAGUGGUGAGGCUGCAUAUCAUAUAAUUUUAGAGGUGUAUGAUCGUGGUAACAUAAUCCUUACGGAUCAUGAAAUGGUAAUUUUGUAUGUCUUAAGACCUCACACAGAAGGAGAUAAAAUUAGGUUUGCUGUAAGAGAAAAAUAUCCAUUAGACAGAGCUCACAGUGAAGCAAUGCCACCCAUAGAAGAAAUUCAUGAGCAUCUUCAGAAAGCUAAGGAAGGGGAAAGUCUCAAAAAAGUGUUAAAUCCAUUAUUAGAAUUUGGCUCAGCUGUGAUUGAUCAUGUUUUACUUAAAGCUGGAUUUGCCUUUGGUUGCAAGAUUGGCAAUGAUUUUAACAUCAUUGAAGAUAUGCCAAAAUUGAUUCUGGCACUUGAAGAUGCCACUAAUAUCGUGGAUUAUGCAAAGAAGAAUAUCUCAAAAGGCUAUAUCAUUCAAAAGAAAGAAGCAAAACCGACUCAAGACGGCAAAGAGGAUUUUAUAUUCGCUAAUAUAGAAUUUCAUCCCUUGUUAUUUGAACAAUACAAAAAUCAACCAUACAAAGAGUUUGAUUCUUUUGAUGCCACAGUAGAUGAAUAUUUCUCUACAAUGGAAGGACAGAAGCUAGAUUUGAAGGCUUUACAACAGGAAAGAGAAGCUUUAAAGAAGCUGGAGAAUGUAAAGAAAGAUCAUGACCAGAGAUUGAUUACAUUAGAGAAGACGCAGGAGGUUGAUAAGCAAAAGGCAGAAUUGAUUUCAAGGAAUCAGGUUCUGGUAGAUAACGCCAUUUUGGCCAUACAGAGUGCUUUGGCAAAUCAGAUGUCUUGGCCGGACAUUCAAGUACUAUUAAAAGAGGCUCAAGCUAGAAACGAUCCGGUUGCGUCGGCUAUAAAACAACUGAAACUUGAGACAAAUCAUAUUUCCUUACUGUUGCACGAUCCUUACAAAGACAGCGAUGAAGAAUCCGAGUUAAAGCCUAUGAUGAUUGAUGUAGAUUUGGCUCAUACAGCAUUUGGUAAUGCCAGAAAAUAUUACAGUCAGAAAAGAUCGGCGGCUAAGAAGCACCAGAAAACGAUAGAGUCGCAAGGGAAAGCUUUGAAGUCAGCAGAGAAGAAAACGAAGCAAACAUUGAAAGAAGUGCAAACCAUACAUAGCAUUAAUAAGCUGAGGAAAGUGUACUGGUUUGAAAAGUUCUAUUGGUUUAUUACAUCUGAGAAUUAUCUAGUGAUCGGUGGAAGAGAUCAGCAGCAAAAUGAGUUGAUAGUGAAAAGAUAUCUAAGAGCAGGAGACCUAUAUGUUCAUGCAGAUUUAACCGGUGCUAGUUCCGUCGUGAUAAAAAAUCCCACUGGUAAUCCUGUACCGCCAAAAUCAUUGGCAGAAGCAGGUACAAUGGCUAUUGCAUACAGUGUCGCCUGGGACGCCAAAGUAGUGGCGAGUGCGUGGUGGGUGCAUCACGACCAAGUGUCAAAGAGCGCGCCUACUGGAGAAUAUCUCACUACUGGAUCUUUUAUGAUACGCGGGAAGAAAAAUUAUCUGCCACCGAGUCAAUUAAUUAUGGGAUUAGGUAUUAUGUUUCGACUGGAGGAAAGUUCGAUGGAGCGACACAAGGACGAAAGAAGGGUCAAAGUCAUGGACGAGGAGAGUGAAAAUGCGGAUUCAAUAAUCGAGGAUGACAAAGAAAUAGAAUUGGAAGGCGACUCGGAUGAAGAUGAGAAUUUAGAAGACAAGAAUGCAUUAAAUCCAAUUCACGAGGAGGAUCAUUUGGAAUCGGAAUUGUGCACAAUAGAAAAUGAAGACGUAAAUAAAGAUGAAUGUGACGAUGAAGAAAAAGAUACGAAAUGUCAAUUUCCCGACACACAGAUAAAACUUGAUCUUUCAGGCCCAAGAGUAAAACUACAUGUUGAUAAUAAUCAGCCUUUAAUAACAACGACAAAGGAUACGGAAGAAAAUAUAGUUUACUUAGGAGAUGAUAAGCCUGUUAUAAUAAACACAUCGGUUAAGGAGAAAUGUGCAAAAACAAAAAAUAAAGCACAAUCAAAAGAGCCAAAAGAAAAGAUUGAAAAGAAUGACAAGACCGAAGGUGAUAAGGAUAAAAAGGAAGAGCAGCCUGCGUUGAAAAGAGGACAGAAAGGAAAACUAAAGAAAAUGAAAGAGAAAUAUAAGGAUCAAGAUGAGGAAGAUAGGCGACUUUCGAUGCUUGUUUUGCAGUCGGCAGGUGCAGCUAAAGAAGAUAAGAAAAAAAACAGGACCAAAGACCCGUCAGGUCCCAAACAACAAGGGAAGAGAAAGUCAAAUGCAAGAGCGAACGUUUCUGCACCAUCUAUGCAUAUGAUAGAUAACGCUGACGAGGAAGAUACAGGCCCAACUCCCGAAGUCGAUAUGCUUGAUCAGUUAACGGGCAAGCCCUUUUCAGAGGACGAAUUAUUGUUUGCUGUGCCUGUAGUGGCACCUUAUAAUACUUUACUGAAUUACAAAUUUAAAGUGAAAUUGACACCUGGUAUUGGAAAAAGGGGCAAAGCUGCCAAGACAGCUAUAGCAGUGUUUCUCAGAGAUAGAGAAAUAUCUUCACGUGAAAAGGACUUGUUGAAGGCAAUCAAAGAUGAGAUGAUAGCUAGAAAUAUACCUGGGAAAGUGAAAAUAAGUGCCCCUCAGAUUCAAAAACUUAAGAAAUAAUUAGUUUGGUGAUGAUUUUAACUUUGAUGAUUACAAAGUUACUGGUGGUUAUAACAUACCUUGUAGCUAUAACAUACAAGGCUUAAUUGAAGAUGUUUUGAAAAAUAUGUAUUAUCUUGUGAUCGCAGUCUCUGGCAAAUAUUUUAAUAAUCUUUAAUGAAUGUUAGUUAACAGAAAAAUUACGAUAUCGAGAUUACAAGUUUUUAGUAAUGGCAAAACUCUCUUAAAAACUGAAAUAAAAUAAUUAGAGUAGUCGAUGUACAUAAGAAAUUACAAAAUUCAUUACUUCUAUUCUUAAUGCACACUUUAAAUAAGUUUUAAAUAUUUAAAUUCAGAUAUACUAUGUAAAUAAAAGUAAUAUGAUACAUAUGUAUAUAUAAAAAA